AUGUCUUCUGGCGCCGCGGUCCUGGAUGGAUCCGUAAACUCUCUGCAACAAAAUCUCCAGCAAGAGAUUCCUCAGUCGACUGGCUUCGACUUUGACUUUACGGGCAGCAAGGCUCUACAGGAAACCUACACGGAGCAGAUUCCGCGAUCAGCGAGUUACACUUAUCUUCCGCUGCCUCCAGACAGAAAAUCGGAUGAGUUGACCCAGUUCACCAUCAAACGCACCUUUUCUGAGAAUCAACUUGCCUCUCCCGUCGAAGAGAAGGAGAUAGCAUGGCCUGAGGUUCCCCCACCGGCCGCCGUGGACGGCAUUUCUCUUCCGCAUCGGCGGAAGUCCAGCCGGGCGUACGCCAGGCCGAAACUCACCCUCUCUAAAUUCUCUCUCUCGUCGGAACGUACAAAGGGUGAUUCGUCACCCAGUGAACGGAAUAAAGAACGGAAUAAUACCUCGCAGCGGCGAACAAACGGCCAGCGUGAGGCCAGGCCCCGUCCAUUGUCAACGACCCUUUCCAGCUUGUCGCGGAAAACAUGGAGUGCUCCAUCCUCAAGAUCGACCUCACCAACCAACAGAAAGGCCGACGUGCUUGUUAAGCCAGAUGGUGUAGUCAAAGAGGAGCAAGAGAAAAAGGAGCAGGUGAAAUCCGUCGAACAAGUGGACAAGGCUGAGGAAAAGCCAGUCUUGGAACGGCCGACUGCUGCAUUCAGUCGACGGAGAUCGCUGUUGCCGCGUCGUCUCUCCCGGAUGGACCUCAACAAAGAUCUCUCACUUGACGCCGUGGAGGAUGGUAAACAGACACCCCCAGUCAGAAGUCGGGAUCCCAGUCCAACCAAGAAGAAAAGCAAGCGACCCUUGAGUGGUCUCUUUAAGCUCUCGACAGAGCCCGCGGACUUGCCCUCCGUGCCGUCACUGCCCAAAUCUUUUUCCACGGACAGGCUGACGUCGUCCAAUCGCUCACAAGCAUCUACGGAACGAAUCCCUCCGCUUUCUCUUCAGUCUUCUUCAGAGCAGCUUCAUCAACACCGCAGCUCGGGCACACCUCGAAAAAAGGACGAAUUAUGGAGCGCUUUUCGCGCUUUGGAUGGAGACUUCAACAAGUUCCAAUCGAAAUCUACUGCGCUGAAGGCCAACGUUGUCCGGUCUUCAUUACUUCCAUUUUUGCGAAAUUACGUCGAUCAUCCCUCCAUCAAGUUUCUUCGACCAGAGGACUUGGAUCGUCGAAUUAUCAUUCUUAACAAAUGGUGGAUUGGGCUGCUUGAACUUCUCAAUGGCAGAAAUAACCAGACCAUCUCUGGCACUGAUAGGCCAGUUAUUUUAGACGCGAUUGCAGGGAUUAUGGGACGGCCUGAAUGGCGCCCACCUGCAUCACCCCUUUCUGCUCUUGCCGACAGGUCGGUCAAGAGCACAAAGUCACCGUCCUCCACGUCACUUUCAUCAUCCGGAUCAGAUUUUCUCGCUGAAUCAGUCUAUCACAAUGUUCGCAAUACUUUUGUUCAGAAUCUGUUGGCGCAAAUGGCCUUUGUUGUGGAGAAGAUGUCGUUGAGACAUGCUCCUGCAAGUUUGGUAACCUUUUGCGGCAAGGCAACAGCAUUUGCCUUCUUUUUCUGCCCUGGCGUGGCGGAUGUCCUCGUUCGUCUGUGGAACAUCCCGUCUUCAUCCAUGUUUCGACUUUUGGAAGAAUAUGGACUUCCUAAAAGCUCAAAUUUGAGCGAGUCCUCUCAGCCCAUCGUGCAAGGAUUCCCACCCUGCCUCCAUUCCCUCGGCUUCGUUUCUGUUGCUUCUAUGGCAAAGUAUCUCCGAAUGCGGCCGUUGCUUCCGCUAGGCGCCUCCGACGUCCCGUGGUACGGCCCAUGGGUCUCCCGUUGGUCUGGAAGGGAGAGUGACCUUCUCUUUGUCUUUGUUAAGCAAUUUCACGUCUUACUCGUUGAUUAUUUACCUCCCAACACGGAUCGUUCUGAGCGCAUCUGCGCUCCGGGCGUCAUUCUUGUUCACUCACAGUUGUUGAGCACUCUUGAUUCAACUUUUCACCGAGAUGCGAACUCGCUUCUGGCAGGAAACACUGCAGGUGCCUUACCCACCACCUUCGACGAUUUUCUGAAUGGUGCAGAUGCUUCAGCAGCUGUCUUACCCCUACCUCCAGCUAAUGCCAUUCGGCCAAUGGCUGAGAAUCGUUUGAUCAUGCUCCUCAGGGAUUUCCUAGCCGAUAAGCCAACGGAUUCAAUCCCCGCCCGGGAAGUCUUUUCGGAGGGUUUCUUUGAUUUGCUUGCAGCAGCAGCUCGAAAAACCUCGUUAUAUAAUCACAGUGCUUGCUUCCUCCUUUGCGACUUUCUCGAGGAAGCGAUUGCCAUUCUCACGAGGUACCAGCAAUUCACCAACGAUUUGCGACCGUUGAUCAAUUGGCCUUUCUGGUUUGAGGUGUGUCAGAAAAUGAUGCAAAGCCAUAACAGCAUGACCGAGAUUCGCGUUAUCGCCUUUAUUUACAGCAGUUGGAAUAUUGUGACCAGGGAUGAAAGCCGGAAGCGAGAUCUGUGUCUAGGGUGGUUGCUGAGCGAAGACUUUUUCGAGAAGUAUUUCAAUCACUGGUGCCCGAUGGUACGAGCGUACUAUAUGCGGCUCCUAUGUUGGCGCUUAGCUCGAUACGACGGGGAUGCAACCACGUUAGAUUAUGACAUAUUUGAAACACUGUCGAUGAGGCUAAGAGCUAUGUGGUCUUACUACCUUCAUCUCAAGAGCACUGCGGAGAAAUUGAAUCUCAUGCCACCGUCUACUGCUCCCUGCAGCCCUGCGCCAGGCCGACGUCUCGUGAUUAUCCGAAAUGACACCCAGAUGAAUCCUACGCGUGCCUUCUUCACCUUUGAUGGGAUCAUUCCAGCCUCGUCAUCUUACCAGGCCUCGACAUUUCCACUGCCACCGUCGCCUGCAUCAUCGACGUCUUCAACCUCGACUCAAUCGGCUGGAAGCAACGGCGUCGUAAGCAAGCCGAGUGCUGAGCAACAGGGGACUCCGGGGAAGAAGAAGUGGAGCUUUUUCAAAAGUAUAUUUCCGAGCAGUACUUCAUCCAAUGACACUUCUAAAACCAAAAUGUCCAAUGGCUCUGCCAACCGUCUUGCGAAGCCUAACGAGGCUGCUUCUGGCCAGACUGCGACAUCGCAACAGAAUGAUCAGCCUUCAACACCAGAGAAGCCGAGUACUGUUGUUAAUAAGGCGCCUAACAGCACCAUUUCAGUUCGACCACCACCAUACCGCAACUACUCUUUCAAGUUCUCGCUGGACUGGAUCGAUAUGUAUCAGUAUAGCAGCAAGGAUCGACGUCUUUAUCCUCCGCGCCUUCCUAUGCCGGCACAGAUGUUUCUACAGUCCAAGCGCGCAGAGCCUUUUGAGACGGACCCUCGCCAACCUGAGGGCCAAUCAAUUGGCCACAGCCGAUAUGCUGGGCGUGCCCUGGCUGAGUGGGCCAUGAUCGUGAUUGAAUGCCAAAACUUCUUCGAGCGUCGCAAGGGUGAAGGUGUUCCAGGAAAUAGAUACAUCGAGACGCCCACGCUAGGAGUCGACAAUUUCCGGAAACUUGGCUAG